AUGUUCGUCAAGAAGCUGUUCGACAUGAUGAGUAUGACGCCGCCGUCUGUUGGCGGAUGGUGCCGCGGCGGCAGCGCCAUUGAGAUCAAGUGCCCAGUCGACUUUGCCCAGCUCAUGCUACCCAAGUACUUUAAACACAGCAAGUUCUCGAGCUUUGUGCGCCAGCUCAACUUUUAUGGGUUCCAAACGUGCAAGUCCGACGUGGUGUUGCUCAUCGCCCACGAGUCCCAGCACAAGACACUGGUGUUCCGCCACCCCCACUUUAACCAGCACAAACCCCAUCUCAUGACUAAAAUCAAGCGGAAAACCAACUUCUCCGAGAUCUGCGACACCGUCGAUGAAGUAGAAGAGCUUCGCCACGACGUGUCCGACAUCAAGGCCACGCUGGUGGCACUGUCGACUCAACUAAGCCAACUCACUCAGAUGAUCUCGAGUGUCCAGCAGAAACCCCCGCCAGCGAGCUACCAUCCCCUUCAAAUACGGGAUUCUCUCAUCGAAGCAUUGGAAUUCCUAGCCGAGGACAAUGCUGCCGCUGACCAAUUGCAAGACCCGAGUGCACUGGCGCCGUUCUAUGUCCAGUGCGAUGGGGUCGACGCUGCUACUGGGUACCAGUGUUAA